AUGGCCCAGCUCCAUCAAUUGCCGACAGAAGUUCUGUUUCUCAUCAUCAGCGAGCUCCGAUCUAACCGAGACUUCUUGGCUUUGUCGCUCACUUGUCGCUCUAUCCACAAUCUCACAAUAAAGGAAUUGCCUCUGCGUCGAAAAUAUCGUCGCAUUCGGAUCAAGUCACAGAAAGACAUCGACAAAGCUUUUGUCAUCCUGUUAUCUAUCUUGCGUCGCCCCCAGCUUGGCGGUUAUGUUCGGCAUAUCGAAUAUGAUCAACCGCCGAAAUCGUAUCAUAAUUACGAAAUCAGAACUAAGGAUCUGAAAGUGCUUAGCAAUGAAGAUUCUAGGAUUCUGCAGAUGGCUGUCACAAAAGCCAGCUUUACUGGUGAGUAUGCCGAGAAGGUGAUCAACAUGAUCUUACAAUCACCCCCACCGUAUCACUUUGGGGAUCUGAAGGAAGAAUUGAGGACUGUCUGGAUUGCGCAGGCACUGGCGGCGCUGCUGGUCUCCGCAUCUCCUUACCUGGAGUCCAUGGCGACAAGUGUUCCUAUGUACGUAUACGGUUUUAGUACAGAAACCGGUGCCAGCCUGGGCAUGCCACAGGAAAUAAUGCGAUUUCCACUUGAGAAAUUACUUAUAGAAGCCAACUCGGAGCAACCGGAAAAGCCGUACCUACAAUAUCUGCACUCAGUGGAAAUUAUCCCUCAUGAGGGUAGCGGUUGGGAUGACGAGCGAUUCUACAUGAGAUUUGAGCUUCUUAGCAUGCUUUUGUUAUUUACCCGACUCCCAUCCAUGGAGUAUAUAUGUGUCGAUGCUGUGAUGGAGGAGGAGGACGGGCCUUUCGAUCUAGAACCCUCUUCGUCAAAUCUGAGUCGGAUCCGAAUCGAGCACUCGAACUUGAGAACAUGGUUCCUUAUGCCGAUAAUCUACUCCUGUAAGGUCCUGAGAGAAUUCCAUUAUACUAUCGGUGGGCGUGCCAGCCUUGACGGUUCAUUUGCACCUUUCAACCCUCGAACUUUUCUCAAAUCUAUACUAGGCCACAAAACGACCUUAGAGAUCUUGCAUAUUGAUGCCGAUUCCAACCUCCUGAACAGUUUCUUUCUUGAUAUGGAUGGAUAUGACAACGGUCUUAUUGACCACGACGAGGAUGAGAGUGAGCCAGAUCUUGUUCCUCCACAGGGGUUCUGGGAGCGAACCGGUUCUCUACGCGACUUCUUGGCGUUGACUGAACUGCAUAUUGGUAUUGGCAUUCUUAUGUAUCUCGCGCUGGGUACCGAGAGCAUGGAUGUCAAGGAUCCGGACUUGGUCAAACCGUUUGGCGAGGUUGUGCUGGCGGAAUCAUUACCACCCGCACUGGAAUCCUUUACCAUCAUAGGAUACGAGAAAGGGGUCCGUAAAGACUUUGACAAAAUUAUCGAACAAUUUAUGGCAGACAGAGAUGGAAAGUUACCUCAUUUAAAGGACGUCAAUGGUAUUGAAGAAGCAAUUGAGAGGGCCGACACGGUCCGGUAUCCAGACGAAAGUGAGCUUUUAUGGGAGCCAGAGGAAGAUGAAUGGUCGGAGCAUGAAUACUUAACCAUUUGA